UUGAGGUCGCGUAAAACACUGAAAUCACUCCUAUAUAAUAUGAGAAAGCAAUAAAAAUAAGAAAAUAAUGUAAAGUGAAAUGUGUUUGUUAAUAUGAAACAUAUUUGUUAUAUUAAAUAGGAUAACGUAUAGUAGACUUUACGCAAUCUCAUUAUACGCAUUUUGUGGAAUGUGCUGCCCUAUGUGCAGCAGGUACACAAAAGAAUGAAUCAGGCGGCUCUUGUCGCAAUGGAAUAUAUAUGUAUAUAUACAAGGCGUUUCAAUAUGCGAUCUUGAUACAGAGAAUCGUUCGUCUUUCUUCAACAGAUUCCCCGCUGAGACGAUGAGAACUCUAUCCUUUUUCUUGAACGUAACACCAGCGAAAACACCGGUCGCAAAAGGGACACUGAUCUUAUCGAAUCGGUUCUCGUAGCUCAUCAAGAAUUUCAAGUUGAAAUUCGCCGAGAGUUAAUGAUCUCGAAUUUCUACUUGAGCCGAAAUUAUUAAUGUAGACGAAAAAAAUGUCAAAUGAAAUCUGUGCUUAAUAAGACUUUCAAUAAAAUAUGUAUAUGCAAUAAAAAUUAAAAAUACUCGAGAACUUGAGCGAAAAGAUGAGAUUUUUAUAAAUUUCUACAGGUUAAAUAUAUAAGUAAAUUUUCCAUCGCAUCGAGUAGAAUUGAAUAAAGAUAUAAUUAAAGCUUGAGAAUUAUUUAUAAAUCACGGCUUUAUAGUAUAUAGAUAUCCUACUGGUAUUAUGGUGGAAUUAUGUAGCGGGUGUACAAAUAAUUCGGGGGAUAAACGAAUUAAGUCGAAAUGGGAUGAUGAAAGGCACAUUUAGGAUGAAACUCGGCCCUUGAGUUGGCGCCGUUCGAGGGCUGAUGUAGCAGAGCGUUUUGACCCCUCGAAGCAGAGCAUGACGCGUGCUACGCUCAUGAAUCAAGUCGCAUUAGAGGACGAGCUGCUGCUGCUGCUACUGCUGCCGUUGGGGUUGGUACCAAUCUUCCACUUGGACUUUGAGUAGAUUGGAUUCUCCAGCUUUAUUCAAUUAUCCGUGAAUGAAAGAGUCUCGCGGUUUAUCUGGCGUUGCCAUUACAAAAGUAAAGUUUCGCUUCGAAAUAAAAGGCACAUUGCUUCUGUUAACUGUUUCGACUUUUGCUAAUGUUGAUGACUUUUUUUAAUGUCAUUACUCAGUUAUACAAAAGAAAGAAUUUCGGGUUUGUCAACCCAACGAUGGUUUGAUUUUCAGUGCGGUUGGAAGUAUCAGCAGUGACAAUCAGCGUGACAUUAACAAUAAACAAUUGCAGACUGCAAAAGCACGGAAUUGUUGGGCGCAGUGUGUGUAUUUACGAACACGUGCGGUUCGGAUAAAUAUGGUCCGCGCUGCACACACAAUACAAGCAAUAGCACUAUACCAGUGAGGUGGUCUAGAUAGAUGAGUCGCGGGAAGGCGUGGUUAAUUCGCGCAGACGCCACGUGACCCUCGGCUAGAAAAGGCGGGACUUGGACCACACAAGCCACAACACGGCGGCACAUCUCGUUGCACGCCGCUGCGGAUACCGGCCGGCACCCGCUCGACGAGCAAGUGACUCAAAAUGUAGUCUGCACCGAACAAGGCUUUGGAAGAUGCUCGUGCCCCCGGACACUGCGGCCACUCCGUCCAACAGGAUGCUCUACCAGAUGAACAAGUACUACGCGGAGAGAGUCCAGUCUCGAACGGGUCAGGUGCAAAGGACCAUCCGCGAAGUGUGCAAGGUGGUGCAGGAUGUGCUGAAGGAGGUCGAGGUGCAGGAGCCGAGGUUCAUCUCGUCUCUGACCGAGAGCAACGGACGCUACGAGGGCCUGGAGGUGAUCUCGCCCGGUGAGUUCGAGGUCGUUCUCUACCUCAACCAGAUGGGGGUCUUCAACUUCGUCGACGACGGCACCCUCCCGGGCUGCGCGGUCCUCAAGCUCAGCGACGGCAGAAAGAGGUCCAUGUCCCUGUGGGUGGAGUUCAUCACUGCUUCCGGGUACCUUUCGGCGCGGAAAAUUAGGUCUAGGUUCCAGACUCUAGUUGCCCAAGCUUGUGACAAGUGCACUUAUCGGGAGUCAGUAGAAAUGAUUGCGGACACAACGGAAGUAAAGCUGAGAAUUCGUGAGAGAUUCGUCGUGCAAAUCACGCCGGCUUUCAAGUGCUCCGGAGUGUGGCCGCGGUCCGCGGCCCACUGGCCCGUUCCGCACAUUCCCUGGCCUCACUCCAGUUUGGUGGCCGAGGUGAAGACCGAGGGGUUCGACCUCCUCUCGAAGGAGAGUGUUGCACUCCAGGGGAAGCAGUCGGCCAUGGAAGGCGACGCUUGGGUCUUGUCCUUCACUGAGGCCGAGUCCAGACUGCUGCAGGGAGGAUGUCGAAGACGCUGCCUCAGUAUCCUGAAAACCCUGAGGGACCGCCAUCUCGACCUUCCUGGCAAUCCGGUGAGCAGCUAUCAUAUGAAGAAUCUGCUGCUGUAUGAAUGUGAGAAGCAUCCACUUGAAACAGAGUGGGAGGAGAGUUGUCUCGCUGACAGAAUCAAUGGAAUCUUUCUGCAACUGAUAUCAUGUCUUCAAUGCAGGAGGUGUCCUCAUUACUUUCUGCCUAACCUCGACCUAUUUAAGGGCAAGUCACCUGGUGGGUUAGAGAAUGCUGCGAAACAAGUUUGGAGGCUGACGAGAGAGCUUCUAACCAAUAGUCGAGCUUUCGAGAAGCUUUAGUCCAAUAUUUUCCCUUCGCAGAAAUUGUAUGUCAUUAUAUUGUAUUCGACUUGGGGGUGAAUGAAAAGAAUCUAAAGUUUAAGUUUUCACAAAAUGUUUUAAGAAAUCUGAAAAAUUCACUGAUUACAAUUUAGUGCACUGAGAUUCAUUCAACAUUUUUACUGAUUCAGAUUUAGAGUUUUCUUGUUAUCCAAAAGUGCGCGUUUGUGUAUCGCAGGGGUAACUCAAACGUUAUAUAAUAAUACUUUACUGUAUAUAGAUAAUUUUAUAUUUUGUAAUUAAUAAAAACAGACAAAUCUAGUGAAAUGAAAUAUUCUUACAGUGUAUAUAUGCAUCCUAAGUGAAAUUUAAAUAAAACUUUGAG